GAUCGUGGCUUCCUUGCUCGAUUCCAACGACGACAAGAAAGCGGAACCGCAAGCGCAACCUGGAAAGACCCGCAUCCUCGACGGCAACCACCCCCCCGGUCCCCUUCAUUACUCGCUUACUGCACCCCCCUCCAAAGUCCCCUCCAACACUCUCGCAUCGACAAGUCACAACACCACUUCACCUCACAAGCCCAAAGCAACGACCAUCCAUCUCAACGUGGUUUACGCUACACUUCACUACCUACACCAGACCACGCUACUGUCUAUGUGACCACGGAUACCAAUCUUGUCAGAUCGCAGAUCCCUCCGUGCCCCGGGAGCCGCCUGGUUUGGUCUCACCUCGCUCGGCGCCGCCUGCUGCCACUCCCGAGACGAAUACGCCGCUUCUGUUGCGACGUUCUGCUCCUUCGUCGCCCUUUCUUUCUGUCUAACCCGAAAUCUCCUGGGUUUUCGCCACCCUCUACUGAUGUGAUGGGAUGCGAAUCGACGUCGUGUCCUGGCUGUCGUCGGUAUACUCACUCCCAUGGUUCCAACAACGGCAGCAUAGAACACACACGGCAUGGCCCCGUCAAAUGA